AUGCGUCUGGCAUUCAUCAUUGCCAGCCUUUUCUUCCUUGUGGUAAACCUGACAUGCGCCAUGCUGGUGCAGGGGGGUAUAGGGGGGGGUGAGGCGGGUGAGGCAGAGGUGCGGCAGGUGGUGCUGGCCCGGGUGCUGGUCAACGACAGCCUCUUCAUACUCUGCGCCAUCUCGCUGGCCGUGUGCAUCUUCAAGAUUGCCAAGAUGUCCUCGUCCAACGUCUACCUCGAGUCCAAGGUACUGGACGGUCCAUCAAUCAAGCAUUACAUCAAUCAAUUAGCCAAUAAGUCACUUAAUCAAUCAAUUAAUUGAUUAAUCAAGCAAUCCAUCUUUAUCGUCCCUUAGUGCUCUAGAGGUGCACCAUACAGUAGGUAGCCAAGCGGUUAAGAGCAUUGGGCCAGUAACUGAAAGGUCGCUGGUUCGAAUCCCCGAGCUGACUAGGUGAAAAGUCUGUGCCCUUGAGCAAGGCACUUAACCCUAAUUACUCCUAUAAGUCACUCUGGACAAGAGUGUCUGCUAAAUGACUAAAAUCUAAAAAUGUAAAUGCAAUACUCUCUCUCUCCUUCCCUCCCUACCUCUCGCUGUAGGGUACGUCAGUGUGCCAAGCUACUGCCAUAGGUGCUGCAGUCAUCCUCCUGUACACGUCCAGGGCCGGCUAUAACCUGGUGGUGGUGGCUCUCUCUCCAGAGAACCGGCCCAGCGCCUUUAACUACAGCUGGUACAACGUCUCUGACCAGGUAGGCUAGCCGUGUUUAGGAAUACACACACGUAAAAUGUUGACGAUGAUCAUGAAGAUUGUUAGUGUUAAGUCACUGUGAGAAGACUAGGGGCGUGUGUGUGUGUGUGUGUCAGGCCUGUUAAACCUUCAGUGAACCCUGCUGUCUUAGAUAUUCAAAGCUUGCUGUGCUGCCUGCCAAACACACACACCCCGGCUGUCUGACAUAAUUCAUCAUCUAUUAUAGGGCUGAUCAGUCUGCAAACACUGACUGUGUGUGUGUGUUGUGUGUGUGUGUAUGUGUGUCGGUGUCUGUAUGAUUAGGCUUUUUUUUUGUUUUCUCUGUCUCAACAUGUAUGCCCAAUUUAAGUGUCAAUGUAUAAUAUGUCUGUUUUGACCAUGACUCUGUGUGUGUGUCUGUGCACACGUACGCUCCUAUGAGCGUUUAUGUCUGUGUGGGUGCAUGUGUUGUUUGUGCCUGUGAACACUAAACUCUUUUAUAUGGCUCUAGGUUUAAGCGUUAAUCCCACUUAUACCACAGCUGCCAAAGAAUACAACACUAAAACACACAUUUACUGGUAGAAAUAGCAUGUUUUCAAUGAUAAUUUCAUUUUGAUAAGUGAAUUCAUAUUUUCUCAUCUUUCCACAAAAUCUGGUUGUUAGUUCUUUAAGGACGAGCACUACAUGGACAGUAUGUGUGUUGAGUCCCUCUGUGUGUAUCUGUGCAUACAUCCCAUAUUUAUGACCAUUCUCGCUAGUCUCCCUUCUAAGUUGACACUUGGCUUGAGUUCACUCAGUCCAGAAGACCUUGAUGACAGAGCCAUUCUAUCCAGAUCUGUUUGCUGAGUGGCUGAGAGCUCUGUGGCUUCUGCAGCAACAAUCCAUUUGAUGGGAUUUGGGAGGAUAUGGGCUCUGUGGGGGAAAGGUCUUUGUUUGUCUAUAAAUAACCCAGCAAGGCCAGGCGAGGAGAAGGGGGGAGCACAGCCAAGGGCUGCCUGGUGCUAGUGACCUAGAUCUGGUCUCAACCCCUGAGACAGACAGCCCUGUACUGGAGGUUUUCCUAGUUCCCUAGGCCAAUCUGAGGUCACUGUGUGUGUUUGGGUGACUGUCUGUCUUGGUUUAUUGGUUUAAAUGUGUCUUGUUGAGUAAGUGUGCAUGUUUAUCCAUCACAAACACAUACGUAUAUUUCUGUCUCAGUUGUAGGGCUGACCCAAUUUUUUUUGGGAGCAGUCGCAAACAAUACUAAAACAAAAAUAUAAAUGCAACAUUCAACAAUUUUUAUGAUUUUUCUGAAAUCAGUCAAUUGAAAUAAAUAAACGAGGCCUUAAUCUAUGGAUUUCACAUGACUGGGCAGGGGCACAGCCAUGGGUGGGCCUGGGAGGGCAUAGGCCCACCCACUUGGGAGCCAGGCCUACCCACUGGGGAGCCAGGCCCAGCCAAUCAGAAAUAGUUUUUCCCCCACAAAAGGGUAUUUAAUACAGACGGAAAUAGUCCUCAGUUUCAUCAGGUGUCCGGGUGGCUGAUCUCAGACGAUCUCGCAGGUGAAGAAGCCAGAUGUGGAGGGCCUUGGCUGGCGUGGUUACAAGUGGUCUGCGGUUGUGAGUCUGGUUUGACAUACUGCCAAAUUCUCUAAAACGACGUUGGAGGUGGCUUAUGGUAGAGAAAUUCUCAGACACCUUGACCUUUUCCACAUUUUGUAACGUUUUUUUUCCCUCAUCAAUCUACACACUAUACCCCAUAAUGACAAAGCAAAAACACGGUUUUAGACAUUUUAGCAAAUGUAUAUAAAAUACAAAACUGAAAAAUCACAUUUGCAUAAGUAUUCAGACCCUUUACUCAGUACUUUGUUGAAGCACCUUUGGCAGCGUUUACAGCCUUGAGUCUUCUUGGGUAUUAUGCUAUAAGCUUGUCACACCUGUAUUUGGGGAGUUUCUCCCAUUCUUCUCUGCAGAUCCUCUCAAGCUCUGUCAGUGAGUGUUGCUGCACAGCUAUUUGCAGGUCUCUCCAGAGAUGUUCGAUUGGGUUCAAGUCUGGGCUCUGGCUGCGCCACUCAAGGACAUUCAUAGACUUGUCCCGAAGCCACUACUGUGUUGUCUUGGCUGUGUGCUUAGGGUCGUUGUCCUGUUGGAAGGUGAACCUUCGCCCCAGUCUGAGGUCCUUAGCGCUCUGGAGCAGGUUUUCAUCAAGGAUCUCUUUGCUCCAUUUAUCUUUGCCUCGAUCCUGACUAGUCUCCCAGUCCCUGCCGCUGAAAAACAUCCCCACAGCAUGAAGCUGCCACCACCAUGCUUCACCGUAGGGAUGGUGCCAGGUUUCCUUCAGAUGUGACGCUUGGCAUUCAGGUCAAAUAGUUCAAUCUUGGUUUCAUCAGACCAGAGAAUGUUGUUUCUCAUGGUCAGAGAAUCCUUUAGGUGCCUUUUGGCAAACUCCAAGUGGGCUGUCAUGUGCCUUUUACUGAGGAGUGGCUUCCGUCUGGCCACUCUACCAUAAAGGCCUGAUUGGUGCAGUGCUGCAGAGAUGGUUAUCCUUCUGGAAGGUUCUCCCAUCUCCACAGACCAAGGCCCUUCUCCCCCGAUUGCUCAGUUUGGCCGGGCGGCCAGCUCUAGGAAGAGUCUUGGUGGUUCCAAACUUCUUCCAUUUAAGAAUGAUGGAGGCCACUGUGUUCUUUGGGACCUUCAAUGCUGCAGAAAUGUUUUUGUACCCUUCCCCAGAUCUGUGCCUCGACACAAUCCUGUCUCGGAGCUUUACAGACAAUUCCUUAGACCUCAUGGCUUGGAUUUUGCUCUGACAUGCACUGUCAACUGUGGGACCUUGUAUAGACAGGUGUGUGCCUUUUCCAAAUCAUGUCCAAACAAUUAAAUUUACCACAGGUGGACUCCAAUCAAAAGUUGUAGAAACAUCUCAAGGAUGAUCAAUGGAAACAGGAUGCACCUGAGCUCAAUUUCGAGUCUCAUAGCAAAGGGUCUGAAUACUUAUGUAUUUCUGGGUAUUUCUGUUUUUUCUUUUUAAUACAUUUGCAAAAAUUUCUAAACACCUGUUUUUGCUUUGACAUUAUCGGGUAUUGUGUGUAGAUUGAUGACGAUUUUUUUUAUUUAAUACAAUUCAGAAUAAGGCUGUAACGUAACAAAAUGUGGAAAAAGUCAAGGGGUCUGAAUACUUCCCGAAUGCACUGUGUGUAUGUAUAGUUUAAGCUAGAGAUAUCAGUUUUUUGCAUUGGAAUGCAUCUCAAUCCACCGCAUCCGCCGAUGUCGCACUUCCGCAUCUGCGGGGAAAGGUGACAGACCAUGAGACAUCCCGAAAAUCGGUCUUCUCACAAAAUCGUCUGUAGCGUCCGAACUGUUUGGCCGACAAAAUAUGAUGUGCACUUGUGUGUGUCUAUGUGUGUAUUUUGUCUGUGUUUCAUUUCUCUAAUUGUUGGAUCUGUGUGUGUUGUCCCUCCAGGCAGACAUAGAGAAGAUCAGUGGAGAGGCCUACAUUAUCUUUGGGAUCAUCCUCUUUUUCUGGGAGCUGCUACCCACCAGUCUGGUCGUGGUCUUCUUCAGGGUACAGAGGCCCAAUCAGAACCUAGUAAGACAAUUGACUUCCUGACAGUAUACCAGUCAAUCAAGUAGCUAAGGCUGGGCGAUUUACGAUAUAUCUAUUUUUUAAAUGUGUUUCUCUAAAUAAGCUUUGUUGUACAAUUAAAGGUAAAAUACACUGCAUUUAAAACAUUUAGCAAUAAUCUAAUGAAUUCAGAGCUUGUGAAAUUAUACCUAGGCUGAAUAUAUGCCUUCCACAACCAUAAGACCCACUAAUAAUGUAAUUAUUUUAUCAAUAUAGUUGUACCUGCUUUUUUUUGCAAUAAUCACUGAUCUGGCUUUCAGGUCUGUCUAUAAAAAUGCCCUUUAUGCUACAAAUUUAACCAGAACCAUGCAUAAUGCACAUUCACUAAUAAUGUAGCUGUGAGAGUGUGAUUUGAAGGAGUCAGGCGCAGGAGGGUAAAUCACAGAAUACAGAGUUUAUUCCGUAGGACACAGUUGCUGUCACGAUCGUCGAAAGGAUUGGACCAAUGCGCAGCGUGGAAUGCGAACAUACUUUAUUAAAUAUUCACCACACGAACAAAACAACAAAACGAUACGUGAAGUCCUUGGUAACAAAACACAAACCAUACACGGAACAAGAUCCCACAAUACACUGUGCCAAACAGGCUGCCUAAGUAUGGGUCCCAAUCAGAGACAACAAGCAACAGCUGAUUCUCGUUGCCUCUGAUUGAGAACCACCCCGGCCAACAUAGAUACACAUGAACUAGAUCCUAACAUAGAAACACAAACACAUAGAAUCUACACACCCUGGCUCAACAUAUAAGAGUCCCAGAGCCAGGGCGUGACAGUUGCGCUGGAUAGCGUCAACAGCACAGGGCGUAAUACAGGCGCACUGGAACACAAUACAGGCACACGGGGAGAAAUAACCCCGGCAAUACAAAGUACGUGUAGCUCAAUCGAGCUACACUCAUCUUCACAUAAAACAAUCACCCACAAGGACAAGGGGGCAGAGGGAACACUUAUACACAGACUAAUGAGGGGAUAUGAACCAGGUGUGUGUAAUUGACAAGACAAGACAAAUGGAAUGAUGAGAUAUGGAGCGGCAGUGGCUAGAAGGCCGGUGACGACGAACGCCGAAACCUGCCCGAACAAGGAGGGGAAGCAGCUUCGGAGGAAGUCGUGACAAUAGCAGGCAUUAUAGAAAAUUAACACUGGUCUCAUAAACAAUCUCUCAAGCACAAGCCCACAUGCUAGUGAGUAGCCAGCUAAUCUUUAUAUUUCAAGUUUAGCCAACUUGGAUCUAAGUAUCAUUUCACAAGCUCUGAAUUCAGCUAACAAGGCAAAACAGUUGAAUUGUUGUGAACACAACCUUCUGUCCGUCUCCAACUGUUUGAACAGCAUGCUAGCCUGUCCACUUUGUUCAGAUGUUGAAAUCAAGUGGCCUACCAUAUUUCUCAGAAUGAGAACGAGUUGCCAAUUCCUUAUAUAAUAGUUUUAUGCUUAUUGCACAUUUAUAAAACACAGACUAAACAGUUAGUAUAGCAAUCUUUAUCUGACUAAAAUGCUGUUAGCGAUACGUGGUAAUGUAAUGCGCACGAGACAAACUUAGCAUUCAUUUUCCAGAAUGAUGGUUCAUUGGUACGUCCGUUUAGUAGUGUCUGCUCUGUUCGAAAUUUGAGGAGUUGAAACAUAAACAGGGUAUGGUUCGAAAGGUUAACUUCUCCUCUAUUACAGUAAAAUAAUGUCUCUAUGUGUUUCGGUGUCCAUAUGACCGAUUUCUGUUGGACCAAACCUCAAAUGCAAAUAGCGAGUUAAAACCGUUUGUUAGAGAGGAAGAAGUGAUCUCUCAUCUUUGUUGUUGUGAGUGGAGGGGGGGGGGGGGGGGGCUUGGGAGAAAGAGGCGAAGCGAGAGGUUUCACUCUCGCAGAAAUCUGUCCAAAAUAAGCCCUAUGCGCUUAUUUUCAACCUAACCUUGUCGCCUGCCUUCCCGCCUUUGGGACAACGACUCCCAUUGUUAGGGCGGAGACAUGAGCAUCUCGUCAUUAUACAGAUCUCUGGUGUAAAUGGGAAGGUGCACAGCACAGAAGGAGCGAAUGAUACGAGACCAAAAAGACAACAUGUGAACAAGCGGACAUAAAUGCUCAUAAAAAUGAAAAAUACAAAAAAACUUCAUUCUGCGAUACAGGCAUUUGGAAUAUCGCUCCAAAACAUACAUUCAAAUUAAUCAAAUUAAUUAGAUAUAUCGCCCAGAUAUUAGUCAAAUAUUUACAUACCUCAGUACGGGGUAGCUUAAAACAGCAUGAGGUUCUAUGUGGCCUUUAUUUUAAUCUUGUUAUCAGUUUAUCUCAUCUAUACUGAGAAAAAAUAUAAACGCAACAUGUAAAGUGUUGGUCCCAUGUUUCAUGAGCUGAAAUAAAAGAUCCCAGAAAUUACUCUCAAAUGUUGUGCACAAAUUUGUUUACAUCCCUGUUAGUGAGCAUCUCCUUUGCCAGGAUAAUCCAUCCACCUGACAGGUGUUGUAUAUCAAGAAGCUGAUUAAACAGCAUGAUCAUUACACAGGUGCACCUUGUGCUGGGGACAAUAAAAGGCCACUCUAAAAUGUGCGGUUUUGUCACACAACACAAUGCCACAGAUGUCUCAAGUUUUGAGGGAGCGUGCAAUUGGCAUGCUGACUGCAGGAAUGUCCACCAGAGCUGUUGCCAGAUAAUGUAAUGUUCAUUUCUCUGCCAUAAGCCGCCUCCAAUGUCAUUUUAGAGAAAUUGGCAGUCCGUCCAACCGGCUUCACAACCGCAGACCACGUGUAACCACACCAGCCCAGGACCUCCACCUUCUUCACCUGCGGGAUCGUCUGAGACCAGCCACCCAGACAGCUGAUGAAACUGUGGGUUUGCACAACCAAAUAAUUUCUGCACAAACUGUCAGAAACCGUCCUAGGGAAGCCCAUCUGCAUUUCGGCGUUCUUUGGGCAAAUGCUCACCUUUGAUAGCCAAUGGCACGCUGGAGAAGUGUGCUCUUCACGGAUGAAUCCCAGUUUCAACUGUACAGGGCAGAUGGCAGACAGCGUAUAUGGCUUUGUCUGGGCGAGCGAUUUGCUGAUUGCUCAACGUUGUGAACAGAGUGCCCCAUGGUGGCGGUUGGGUUAUGGUAUGGGCAGGCAUAAGCUACGGACAAUGAACACAAUUGCAUUUUAUCGAUGGCAAUUUGAAUGCACAGAGAUACCGUGACGAGAUUCUGAGGCCCAUUGUCGUGCCAUUCAUCCGACGCCAUCACCUCAUGUUUCAGCAUGAUAAUACACGGCCCCAUGUGACAAGGAUCUGUAUGCAAUUCCUGGAAGCUGAAAAUGUCCCAGUUCUUCCAUGGCCUGCAUAAUCACCGGACAUGUCACCCAUUGAGCAUGUUUGGGAUGCUCUGGAUCGACAUGUACGACAGCGUGUUCCAAUUCCCGCCAAUAUCCAGCAACUUCGCACAGCCAUUGAAGAGGAGUGGGACAACAUUCCACAGGUCACAAUCAACAGCCUGAUUAACUCUAUGUGAAGGAGAUGUGUAGGGCUGCAUGAAGCAAAAAUGGUGGUCACACCAGAUACUAGCUGGUUUUCUGAUCGACGCCUGUAACUUUUUUUUUAAGAUAUCUGUGACCAACAGACUGUAUUCCCAGUCAUGUGAAAUCCAUAGAUUAGGGCCUAAUGAAUUCAGUUAAAUGGACUGAUUUCCUUAUAUGAACUGUAACUCAGUAAAAUCUUUGAAAUUGUUGCAUUUAUAUUUUUGUUCUGUGUAGUUUGACAUUAAUUUAUCACACAGGUGGAAGACUUUGAAACACAAAUGAUGACAGUUUAGUCAUUUAGCAGAUGCUCUCAUCCAGAGCAUCUUACAGUAGUGAGCGCAUACAUUUGAAUACUUAUUCGUACUGGUCCCCCGUGGGAAUCGAACCCACAACCCUGGCAUUGCAACCACCAUGCUCUACCAACUGAGCUACAUAAAACGAUGUACUUACAAGGGUAUUUCCAGUGUUAUUACGAUGGUAUAAGUUCAUGUAAAAUGUUUUUCUUGUCAUAUAUUACUUAUUAAGCUGUGAGUGUGUCCUUUUCCCCAGGCACCAGGAGGAAUGAUCAACAGUCACAGCUUCAGUUCCAAGGCCUAUUUUUUUGAUAACCCCCGGAGGUACGACAGCGAUGACGACCUGUCCAGGAGCAUCAACUCCAGAGCAGAUCGACCAUGGUGGGUAACAGGCUACUCUAUCACUUAUAACAUUCUAUAUUGUAAAAUCAGUCACCUAUAACAUCAUAUAUCCCCUGUACACAGUCACCUAUAUUGCAUCCUAUAUUGUCCGUAUACAGUCACCUAAAACCAUCCUGUAUUGCCUGUACAUUCACCUAUAACAUCCUAUAUCGCCCAACUAAAUUUCCCUGUAACAUCCUAUAUCGCCUGUAACAUCAUUGACCCCCACAGUCACCUAUAUCAUCCUAUAUUCCGCGGACACAACAAUAACAUCCUACAUUCCAGCCAUACAGUCACUUAUAACAUCAUACACAGUCAUCUAUAACAACCUACUGUACCUUCAGAAAGUAUUCAUACCCCUUGACUUAUUCCACAUUUUGUUGUGUUAUAGCCUGAAUUCAAGAAUGUAUUAAAUAUAUCUACACACAAAUCUACACACAAUACCCCAUAAUGACAGUGAAAACAUGUUUUUAGAAUUUACACAGUAUUCACACCCCUGAGUCAAUAUAUAUAUUUAUAUUUUUAGAAGUCACUCUUAUUCAGAGUGACUUACAGUAGUCAGUGCAUACAUUUUCAUAUUUGUUCGAACAAAACAUGUUAGAAUCAUAUUUGGCAGUGAUUACAGCUGUGAGUCUUUCUAGGUAAGUCUCUAAGAGCUUUGCACACCUGGAUUGUACAAAAUUUGCAAAUGUUCUUUUAAAAACUCUUCAAGCUCUGUCAAGUUGGUUGUUGAUCAUUGCUAGACAGCCAUUUUCAAGUCUUGCCAUAGAUUUUCAAGCCGAUUUAAAUCAAAUCUGUAGCUAGGCCACUCAUUCAAUGUCGUCUUGGUAAGCAACUCCAGUGUAUAUUUGGCCUUCUGCUAUUGUCCUGCUGAAAGGUGAAUUUGUCUCCCAGUGUCUGUUGGAAAGCAGAACCAGGUUUUCCUCUAGGAUUUUGCCUGUGCUUAGCUCUAUUCCGUUUAAUUUGAUCCUAAAAAACACUACCUAGUCCUUGUCGGUGACAAGCAUACCCAUAACAUGAUGCAGCCACCACCAUGCUUGAAAAUAUGAAGAGUGGUACUCUGGGAUUUGUUGAAUUUGUCCAAAACACAACACUUUGUAUUCAAGACAUAAAGUACAGUGGCUUGCUAAAAUAUUCACCCCCCUUGGCAUUUUUCCUAUUUUGUUGCCUUACAACCUGGAAUUAAAAUGGAUUUUUGGGGGGUUUGUAUCAUUUGAUUUACACAACAUGCCUACCAAUUUGAAGAUGCAAAAUAAUUUUUUUGUGAAACAAAUAAGACAAAAACACAGAAACCUUGAGCGUGCAUAACUAUUCACCCCCCCCAAAGUCAAUACUUUGUAGAGCCACCUUUUGAAGCAAUUACAGCUGCAAGUCUCUUGGGGUAUGUCUCUAUAAGCUUGGCACAUCUAGCCACUGGGAUUUUUGCCCAUUCUUCAAGGCAAAACUGCUCCAGCUCCUUCAAGUUGGAUGGGUUCCGCUGUGUACAGCAAUCUUUAAGUCCUACCACAGAUUCUCAAUUGGAUUGAGGUCUGGGCUUUGACUAGGCCAUUCCAAGACAUUUAAAUGUUUCCCCUUAAACCACUCAAGUGUUGCUUUAGCAGUAUGCUUAGGGUCAUUGUCCUGCUGGAAGGUGAACCUCCAUCCCAGUCUCAAAUCUCUGGAAGACUGAAACAGGUUUCCCUCAAGAAUUUCCCUGUAUUUAGUGCCAUCCAUCAUUCCUUCAAUACUGACCAGUUUCCCAGACCUAGCCGAUAAAAAAACAUCCCCACAGCAUGAUGCUGCCACCACCAUGCUUCACUGUGGGGAUGGUGUUCUCGGGGUGAUGAGAGGUGUUGGGUUUGCGCCAGACAUAGCGUUUUCCUUGAUGGCCAAAAGAAGUACCUUCUUCCAUAUGUUUGGGGAUUCUCCCACAUGCCUUUUGGCGAACACCAAACGUGUUUGCUUAUUUUUGUCUUUAAGCAAUGGCUUUUUUCUGGCAACUCUUCUGUAAAGCACAGCUCUGUGGAGUGUACGGCUUCAAGUGGUCCUAUGGACAGAUACUCCAAUCUCCGCUGUGGAGCUUUGCAGCUCCUUCAGGGUUAUCUUUGGUCUCUUUGUUGCCUCUCUGAUUAAUGCCCUCCUUGCCUGGUCCGUGAGUUUUGGUGGGCGGCCCUCUCUUGGCAGGUUUGGACUAUUUUGUGUAUGUCCAUUACAAUUUGGACUAUUUUGUGUAUGCCCAUUACAUGAAAUCCAAAUAAAAAUCCAUUUAAAUUACAGGUUGUAAUGCAACAAAAUAGGAAAAACGCCAAGGGGGAUGAAUACUUUUGCAAGGCACUGUACAUUUAUUUGCCAGAUUUUUUGCAUUUUUUUUGCCUUAUUGCAAACAGGAUGCAUGUUUUGGAAUAUUUGUAUUCUGCUCAGGCUUCCUUCUCUUCACCUUGUCAUUUAGGUUAGUAUUGUGGAGUAACUACAAUGUUGUUGAUCCAUCCUCAGCUUUCUCCUAUCACCACCAUUAAACUCUGUAACUGUUUUAAAGUCCCCAAUGGCCUCAUGGUGAAAUCCAUGAGCGGUAUCCUUCCUCUCCGGCAACUGAGUUAGGAAGGAUGCCUGUAUCUUUGUAGUGACUGGGUGUAUUGAUCCAAAGUGUAAUUAAUAACUUCACCAUGCUCAAAGGGAUAUUCAAUAUUAAUUUUUUUACCUAUCUACCAAUAGGGGCAUUGGGAAACCUCCCUGGUCUUUGUGAUUGAAUCUGUGUUUGAAAUUCACUGCUCGACUGAGGGACCUUACAGAUAAUUGUAUGUGUGGGGUACAGAGAUGAGGUAGUCAUUUAAAAAUCAUGUUAAACACUAUUAUUGCAUAUAGAAGGAGUCUAUACAACUUCUUAUGUGACUUGUUAAGUACAUUUUUACUCCUGAAGUUAUUUAGGCUUGCCAUAACAAAGUGGUUGAAUACUUAUUGACUUAAAACAUUUCAGCUUUUCAUUUUUUAUUAAUUUGUAAAUAUUUCUAAAAACAUAAUUCCACUGUUGUGUGUAGGCCAGUGACACAAAAUCUCAAUUGAAUCCAAUUUUAAAUUAAGCCUGUAACACAACAAAAUGUUGAACAUGUCAAGGGGUGUGAAUACUUUCUGAAGGCACUGUAAAUGCCCCACAGUCACCUAUAACUUCCUAUAUUCCCUGUAUACAGUUGCCCAUACACAGUCACAUAUAACAUUCUCUACAUCCCCCAGCCACCUAUAACGUCUUAUAUCCCUCAUACAGAUACAAUGCUGAGUUAAGCCUGUCCCUUCCAUCCCACAGUAGUGUCCUGUCCUCGACGCCCCAGUUGGACCCCAGCUGGUACGGCUCCACCCAGAGGAACGGCAACCUUACGGGGAUCCCCCAUCUCCCCAAUGGCCCCCAGACCUCCACUGCCCCCCUUCUCCUAGCCUACGGCAACAUCCAGACCAACCAGCACCAUAACUACUACUCCACCCCCCAGAACUACUAUUGUACCCCCCAGAAUCACUACUGCACCCCUCAGAACUAA